GUCAUUCAGUGAAUUCAGUCGCAACGUAGUGAUUAUAUGCUCUUUGUUUGUCGCCGGCCGGCUUCUUCGCUUUCACGUUCACGUGUUUGUUGUUUGAAAGGAAAUAAAUAUCAUGUUGCGAAAUAUUAGUAAAGUUGUAACGCAAAAAGCGAAAUUCACCACAGCUGCUGCACCGGCACCUCAUGUCAACCCCGAAAUUAUCUAUACCGGACUCUUCAUCAACAAUGAGUGGAUGAAGUCAUCAGACGGGAAGACUUUCCAGACAGUGAACCCGACCAAUGGCAAGGUCAUUGCCGACGUCGAGCAGGCGGGCCAGGCGGAUGUGGAGCAGGCAGUGCAGGCCGCCAAUGAUGCUUUCAAGCUCGGGUCUCCGUGGCGGAGAAUGGACGCCUCCCAGCGCGGGUUGCUGAUCAACAAACUCGCUAGUUUGGUGGAGCGCGACGCUAUUUACCUCGCUAGUUUGGAAACGCUCGACAACGGCAAACCGUACCAAGCGAGUUACUUCCACGAUGUGGCGGCGGUGGUCAGGAGCCUGCGGUACUAUGCCGGCUGGGCCGAUAAGAACCACGGGUACACUCUGCCCGCCGAUGGAAACUACUUCGCGUACACCCGUCCAGAACCUGUCGGCGUAUGCGGUCAGAUAAUCCCAUGGAACUUUCCCCUUCUGAUGGCGGCGUGGAAGCUCGGCCCCGCGCUGGCGGCCGGCUGCUCGCUCGUGCUCAAGCCUGCAGAGCAAACCCCGCUGACGGCGCUCUACAUCGCACAACUUGUCAAGGAAGCAGGAUUCCCCGCUGGCGUGGUGAACGUAUUGCCAGGCUUUGGGGACGUCGGUGCCGCUAUCGUCGCGCACCCGAAGAUCGACAAGAUAGCCUUCACUGGAUCAACGGAGGUAGGGAAGCUGAUCCAACGCGGUGCGGCGGAUUCCAUGAAGCGCAUAACGCUGGAGCUGGGCGGCAAGUCGCCCAACAUCAUCUUCGCGGACGCGGACGUCAGCGCGGCCGUGGAGCAGGCGCACCACGCGCUGUUCUACAACAUGGGCCAGUGCUGCACCGCCGGUUCCCGCACCUUCGUGGAAGACAAGAUCUACGACCAGUUCGUAGAGCUGGCGUCGAAGCGCGCCGCCAAGCGCAAUGUCGGAGACCCCUUCCAUCACGAGACCGACCACGGACCGCAGAUCGACGGCGAGCAACAGAACAAGAUCCUGGGCCUCAUAGAGACGGGCAAGCAACAGGGAGCCAAGCUGGAGACUGGCGGUGCUCGUGCCGGAGACGUUGGCUACUUCGUGCAGCCCACCGUCUUCAGUAAUGUGGAGGACCAUAUGGACAUCGCUAAGACUGAGAUCUUCGGGCCCGUCCAGCAAGUGCUGCGCUUCUCGGACGUGGACGAGGUGAUCGAACGCGCCAACAACACGGAGUACGGGCUCGCCGCCGCCGUCUACACCAAGGACCUCGACCGCGCCAACUAUGUUGUUCAGGGCGUCCGCGCCGGCACGGUGUGGGUGAACGACUACAACGUGUUCUGCAACCAGGUGCCGUUCGGCGGCUUCAAGCAGUCCGGCCUCGGCCGCGAGAACGGGCCCCACGGCAUCCGCAACUACGUCGAGAACAAGUCCGUACUUGUCAAACUUACCGCUAAAAACUCAUAGAUUUAACUUAUACAAGUGCCUACAAACGUAAACAAUAAAACGUUCAAAGUCGUUCACACGACGUCUAUGCGAGAAAGCCGUCAAAGCGCGUUAACGAUUUUGAACGUUUCUAUACAAAUUUUGCUGUCACUAUGGUAUUCGAUAAAAUCCCGUGUACGGUAUACGGGAAAAAUUAACGCCGUGUGAACCUAGCCUAAGGUACAGUUCGUACAAUCGUAAGGCUGCUUGUUUAUCUUGCCUGGUACAACUGCAGCUCGGGAUUCUAAUUUCGUGCGCGAAUUGUAUUUUUAAAAUUUAUUUCUAUGUAGGCGCGUGUAAAAUAACAGAUCAUUGCAAAAUAGCACAAACUAAGUGGUUUUUGAAAACCAUUUUAAGAUAGACCACGGUGUGGACGGGUAAUAUUAUGCUGUCUGUAAUUUUUUCCUUGGCACAAUAUUGUAUUUCUACUUAUAAAAUGUGAUAAAAAUCCCUGUCUUCCGUAUCUUAGUUGUUAUGAGGCUGAUUCAAUGCAUUUGCGUAAAAGGUGCCAUUUCCGUUUAUCAUAUAUUUGUUUCCGUUUAUAUGUGCAUAGGGGCAUUCCACGAGAAUGGCCCUUACGAAAUGCUUUUGCCUUAUAUGGCAGCUAAUUAAAUCAAAUCCGUAAAGCUCGAGAAUAUACUGCCAAUUUGUUAGUAAAGUCAUGACAUAUUCAUAUUACCAGACCCAAUAUCAUUUUCUCAGCCUUUUCAGAACUGUCAGUGUUAGAAGAACGGCGUUUCGUAAGGGACAUUCUCGUGGAAUGCACCAUAUGUAUUAUAGGUUGUCCUUGCAAUAUAUUAAUGGUAGAAGAGCCGGCAGUAAAGUUUCGAACCAACGUGAUACCGCGAUGAGAUGCACAAUGGUUUCCCAUAAAACUGAUGCUAAGUCCGAAUUUGAUAGUCUGCCACGGCGGAACUAGCCGAAAGUACAAAAAAAAUAGCCACUUCCGGUGCGAAAAAGGGGGGGUCAUUUAACCCAUCUGAUACUGCAAUAAAAGCUAUGGCAUCAGUUAGAAAUUUACUGGUAGAUACAGAAAAGCGAAAUCUGCCAGUAUGAUUCCUGCCGGAAGUGCUUGGCAUACGCUCUCAAAGGUGACCAUCGGGACCCCUAAAUUAACCCAUCUGAUACCAGCAUGAAACCAAUUCCAGUCGGUAGAUAUGAACCUUCUCUUCAGGAAUAUAUAAGUCUGCCAGGGCGCUUUCAGCCGAAACACCUUGACAUACGAGAUUAUGUGAGCAACAUCCGUGGAACCUGUAUUUUGGAAUUGUACAGAUUACAGACAUUUUAAUUAUUGCAGGCUUAUGAUUUAUUACCUAAUGCUUAUAUUUGUAUAUUUUUAUGCCAUUAAUAACAUAUAUUUCAAAUUUAUUAAUAUACACAAUAUAAUUUGGGCAUUAAUUUAAUACCUGCUUACGGCUUUGUACUUCUUUGUUUGCCUUAUAAAGGUGCUAACAAAUUAGCUACCGAUAUCUUUACAGUUGAUAGUACUCGGCUCCUGAAGUAUAUGUAAGUAUGAAACAUUAUAGGUUUUAUGAUAUUAUUUUGAGAAAAUAGGAAAACAAAUUUGCUUUGUAAAAAAACUCUGUUAAUGAGAUAAUUAAAUGAGACCUCAUUGAACAGAUUCUAAAACCUCUUUUAAAUAUAAAACUUAACUGGCCACUUCACGCUGAUAAAUCAAAUGACACGUUGACAAUGACAUUUAAGACAAACAAGCAGCACAAUACAUGAUGAUUAUUUUUUAGAUAGAAUUAUAGUUUAUUUAUUUUGUUCGGUAAAUAAAAUAAAAAUUAUGAGAAACUUUCUUAAUUUCUAUUAAAAGUUAAUUGUUCUAGUGUAAAGUACCAACCAUCUCGUAAAAUUUCUGUAGCUAAUUUGUUAGCACCUUAUAUAUAAAUAAUACAAUAAUUUCAAAUUACAAUAUCCUUUAUUUACCAAAAUGAACAAAAUUAUUAUUAUUACAUACUUAUUGUAAACGGGUGUAAAAAGACAGGAUUUUCAACGUCAAGGACGAUUUUUACCAAUAAUCCAAAUAUGAACAUUUUAAAUCAUUUUUAGGGUUCCGUACCCAAAGGGUAAAAACGGGACCCUAUUACUAAGACUCCAAUAGAUUAUAUUCUGUUUUUUAUUCCGUAAUCCGUAGACUAAAAUGACAUUUCAUGUGGUACUAAGAAAUGUCAUGUCUUACAUAUGAAACGUCAUUUUAGUCUACGGAAUAAAAAAACAGACCUUAGUUAUCUCAAUUUGUAGUGUUAUAAAACAACACCCUGAAUGUUAAACUAAGUCAGUUUUGCGUCAACGUAAAGAAAUGUAGGGGAGAGGUGGGCAUGACGGGAUACUUAAUGUUUCAAGUCCAAUAAAACUGAAAAUGCUAUUUUUUUUAAGUUUUUGUUAUUUUUAUUUUUAUCUUUGGUAAUCAGUCUUUCAUAAUCAACACUUACUAGGAACUCUCUAGUUAGAUAAUAAAAUUAAAAAUAAAUUAAAAUGGCCAAAAGUGCCUUCUCUCCAUCUUGCCCCCCAAGUAUGGUAAGAUGGGGAACCCCUACAGGACAAGAUAAGAAUGAUUCAUAUAAAUAUUAUAUUUAGGGCCUAAACAAAACUUAAAUUUUUGGCUUUUGGGUCCAUCGUCUGAUAACUUCUCACGAACUGUUUUACUUUUAUUUCUUAAGUCGUCUGAGAGACAGAAAAUGUGUUUACAGCUAACAUGUACCCCAUCUUCCCUUGUUAAUUUUAUUGUUUGUUGGGUUAAUUUUAUUGUUUGUAAAAAUUGACAUGUAAAAGUGCCCCUGUGGCCUAUUUGCUGAAUAAAUGUUUGAUGUUGAUGUUGAUGUUGAAGAAUAAAUAAAUUCAAAUCCGCAAUUCUUCAUCAGUUUAUCACUUUAAAACUACGGCCGUCAAGAUGUACCCCAUCUUGCCCCAUGUGCCUAAUGAAAUUCGAAAGUUUUUUGUAAAAUAAACCGUACUUGAAACCAAACAAGUCCUUAGCUGUUGGCGUGAUUGCUGGGCCAUAGGAAUAAAUUAACAGUAUAUAUGUGCUGGUGAUAAUAAGGAAACAAACGCAAACCAAAUAAAACACAAAAACCGGCCAAGUGCGAGUCGGACUCGCGCACGUAAGGUUCCGUACCAUAAUACCAUUACGCAAAAAAUGGCAAAAAAGUCACGUUUGUUGUAUGGGAACCCCACUUAAAUAUUUAUUUUAUUAUGUUUUUAGAAUCAUUUAUUCAUCAAUUGUGCAUUACAGGUAAUGAAUACAGGUGUUAUAAACAAUUAGUUAUAGUUUGUUAUAACGGCAACAGAAAUACAUCAUCUGUGAAAAUUUCAUCUGUCUAGCUAUCACGGUUGAUGAGAUACAGCCUGGUGACAGACGGACAGACAGACAGACAGACAGAAAGCGGAGUCUUAGUUAUAGGGUCCCGUUUUUACCCUUUGGGUACGGAACCCUAAAAAUAACAAGGAAUAUGACAAAAACAGUUUUUUUGCAAAUAAAUAAUUAACGACACCAUUUGUCUAGCCGGUCACUGUGCGAACUGAUUGCUAUGAUGGCGACGCAUCGUCAUGCGUUAACGGGAUUCUGAUGGUUGGUCAGUCGUUUCGCCAUAUAAAGCCGCUACCCCGUCUUACUCGUCUUGCCCCUCUCUCCCCUACAUAAGAUAGUGAUUAGAUACACCAAAUAGGUGAAAAAACGCCUCAAGCGUAAAAGAAACCACCAAAAAUCAUUUUAUGUCGCAUUACAAGCCUGAUUUAGCUAUGAAUACUAAUACCCCCUUAUUCGUUAAACUUUACGAGCCUGAAUUAGUUAAAUUAUGUUUUAUCCUUUUCUUACAAAUACAUAAGUCAAAAUGACAGACAAAGACAAACGAUUCAUAUAGACUGAUUCAAUGACUAUUAAUCAUAUUAAUCACAUUAUUUAAUUUAUUUUAACUUAAUUUAUUAUAAAUAUGUGUUAUUAAUAACGUAAUAAUAUACAAAUAUAAGCAUAGAGUAAUAAAUUAAUAAGCCUGCAGUAUUUGAAAUGUCCGUAAUAUGUACAAUUCCAAAAUACGGGUUAUACGGGUACCACGGAUGUUGCGCCACAUAAUCUCGUAUGUCAAGGUGUUUCGGCUGAAAGCGCCCUGGCAGACUUAUAUAUUCCUGAAGAGAAGGUUCAUAUCUACCGACUGGAAUUGGUUUCAUGCUGGUAUCAGAUGGGUUAAUUUAGGGGUCCUGAUGGUCACCUUUGAGAGCGUAUGCCAAGCACUUCCGGCAGGAAUCAUACUGGCAGAUUUCGCUUUUCUGUAUCUACCAGUAAAUUUCUAACUGAUGCCAUAGCUUUUAUUGUAGUAUCAGAUGGGUUAAAUGACCCCCCCUUUUUCGCACCGGAAGUGGCUAUUUUUUUUGUACUUUCGGCUAGUUCCGCCGUGGCAGACUAUCAAAUUCGGACUUAGCAUCAGUUUUAUGGGAAACCAUUGUGCAUCUCAUCGCGGUAUCACGUUGGUUCGAAACUUUACUGCCGGCUCUCCAACCAUAAGUAUAUGAUAAUAGAUAUAGGUACAUGUGUAUAUGUUCAAGUUUAAUAAAUACAAGUUCUUUUUUAUUACCGUAUAA